AUGCAGUUAGGUUCUUCAUGGGUAUUCUGGUACUCGGGCACGGACCUCGAGUUCCUGAGCAAGGAAGAGCACUCUCAUUUGAUUACGGGUUUGAGUUUUGAAGCGGCCGAUCUAGCUGCCAUCACCGCGGUGACCUUCUACUUUGACAAGUUCCGUAACGUAGCCACGGCUGUGGCCGUAACCGGCGUGGGGAUGGGCACGCUGAUCUUCCCUCCCUUGAUACGGGCCCUGGUCGACUUCUACUCCUGGAGGGGCGCCAUGCUGCUGCUGGGAGCCGUCAGUCUCAACCUGUGUGUCUUCGGAACCGGAACUGAAGAACUGGACUACUGGAUGCUGUCCACGAACAACUUCUUCGUCUGCUUCGGUCUGUCCAUCACGUACCUGCACCUUACUGCGUACGCCGAGAACAGAGAGGUGGACUUCGAGCGAAGCGCUCUGCUCAUGUUUGGAAUCGGUAUCUCCAACCUCGUGGGAAGACUCGCCAUGGGUCUGGUCGCGCAGCAACAGGGCGUGGACACCAUACUCCUCUAUCUGAUCUCGUUUCUCGUUAGCGGGGCCUUCGUGGCGUGCAUGGCCGCACUCGGGACAUUUGCGGGUCUUCUGGUGAUGGCGCUGGUAUUCGGGACCUUCACGGUAGGUAUCGAGACCCUCUCGGUGCCCAUCUUAGCCGACAUCCUUGGAAUUCAAAGAUUCACUGGCGGUUAUUGA